UUCUCUGAGACAACGCUGGAAUCAUGUUUAUGCACGUCUUUUAAAUUCGCCGACGGUGUUUGGAGAAGCGAUAUCGAAGUUUUUUUAUCAUUAAUUUUUUCCAUCACUAGUUUUAUAAGAUAAGAAAUAGCGGAAUUUGAAAAUGCCGAUUUCUGCGUUAGAUGUAAGAACAGCGAAAUUAAUUACUACUACGCAGAUAAUAACCUCCGUGUAUGCUGUGGUCAAAGAAUUGAUGGAAAACGCGCUCGAUGCCGAUGCAGACAAUAUUGAGAUCAAUCUUAUAGAUAACGGUACAUCUUUAAUAGAAGUGAAGGAUAAUGGUCAUGGCAUAUCUAAAGCAGAUGUAUUAUACGUAGGAUUACCUUCCUAUACAUCAAAAAUAUCAAGUUUCGAAGAUCUCGACACGUUACAAACAUUUGGAUUUAGGGGAGAAGCUCUGAAUGCAUUAUGCGCAGUAGCGGAAGUUAUCAUUAUAACAAAAACGGAAGAAGAUGUUGUUGGGACUUCAUAUAUAAUGAAUCAUAUUGGACAAAUUGUAAAACAUGAAUCUUGUCACAGAAGUACUGGUAAAAGAACUACUGUGCAAGCAAAAAAUUUAUUUAAACAAAUGCCUGUAAGGAGACAAAUAAUGACCGAUACGAGAAGAGCUAAUCAAGUUAUUAAAUUAUUGGAGACACUAUUACAUUGCUUUGGGAUAUGUAAAUCAAAUGUACGCAUUCAGUUUAGGGUGAACAAUAAUCUUGUAUUUACUAAACCAAGUCUAAAUAACAUUAAAGAAGCUGUGAAUCAUACACUUGGUAGAAAAAUUAUGUCGAAUAUGGAAUGGAUCGAGUCCAAGGAUACAGAUUUUGUUUUGCAAUUAAUGUUACCUUCAAAAAAGAUACAGGAUUUAUCGGAAGUUUCUCAUCCUGAUUUACAUUACAUUUUUGUAAAUAAUAGACCCAUUAAGCAUAAAAGUCUUGAAAAGCUAGUAAAUAAUAUAAUAUUAGAAUAUUUUAAACAAGAGUCACAUAGGAAAAAGGUGAUAUUUCUUGUGUAUAUUAUUUUGAAACCAAUAGAUAUUGAUGUUAAUCUGGAGCCAAAUAAAGAUACAAUUCUUUUUAAAGAUCAGAGUAAAGUAUUUGAUACUGUAGAUAAAUACAUGAAAAAAUAUUAUGGACUUAAAUCUGUGGAGAUUGUUGAACAAAAUGUGUCUAAUGACAUAUCCAUCUGUUAUGAAGAUUAUAUACUUAAUUCAAGUAAGGAUAUUAUCGAUACUGAGCGGCCUAUGUGUAAAAAGCGAAAAAUAGAUGCUCAAGAGAAAGUUAUACAAAAACAUAUCGUCAAAGAAAAGCCAGUGCACAAUAAUGGAUAUGAAACAUCUCUACAUAAACAACAGAAUAUCGAUCUCAUUCAAGAUCAACAGCAUUACAAAGAUGCAUUAGCUCAUAUACAAGCGCCAAAUUUAAGUGACUCUGAUUCAAAUGAUAUUUUCCCUGCUGUAACUUCGUCCAAUAAAAUGGAAGAAUGUGAAACUUUGAGCCAGUUACCUGUUAUAGAUCUUGGAGAAGAUUUUAAUUAUAUAGAAGAGAUUGGAAGCUGUAAUAUAUCUGCAAAUAAGAGUCAGGAUAAAUUAAAUGAUAAUGAAGAAAAGAAACAAAUUUCAAUAGAGACAUGGAGUAAAGGACAUAUCAUUGGUCUCAAGGGAGGUACAGAUAUACAAUCUGAUAUUGCUAUUGGAAAACAAUCCAAUGGUAACUUAAAUUUAGACCGUCAGAUUAAUGAGAUAGAAAAAUCGAAAUCAGAUACAAUGGAAUUGGAUAAAACACAUGUUGAUAAUAAAGAUCUUAAAUUUAUAAAACAUGUUAGAUCGCAAAUUACAAAAGAAAAUCCUACAUUAACAGCAGCUCAAACUGCAAAAAAAAUUACUGAAUUCUGGAAACAACUAUCAUCCAAUGAGCGUGGUUAUUAUCGAGAUAUUGCUCAUAACAAAGAAAAAGAACAGCAGGCUAAAACAAUUGAAGAAAGAGGUGAAGUGAAUAAAAUAAGUGUAGAAGGAAAUAAAAGUAGGCUCUUACAGCUGUUUGAAAAAAUGAAGAAUACAAAAAACGAAAAGAAAGAGAAAUUAAAUAUGAGAACAAUAGUACCUUGGACUAUUAAUAGAACUAAGAUAAUUACAAGAUUAAAUUUUGAAAGUGAACAUAUAAUAGGUCGUUUGACACCUAACUUAUGGAUUGCUACGAUUUGUGAACAAAUAUGGAUCAUAGAUAUUGCUGGCUUGAUCAAUGGUUUGAAAAUUGCUGAUAUUGAUACAGAUAAGAUUGAUGCCAAGAGAAUUGAAUGUCUUCUCAAACAAUGGUUAUCGAAACGAGACGAUAUGUCAGUGAUGCAUUCUAUAUACGAAUUUACAAGAAAACUGUAAAUGUAAUGAUAUAAAGUAACUUCUUUUUUUAUUAAAAAUAUAAAUAUAUUGAACAAUUUUGUAAGAUAUUUUCUUGAUAUCGUGUUUGUGUGCGCGCGCGCGUGCGUGCGUGCGUGCAUGUUUGUUUACUAUGUAAAACAUCGAAUUAAAGUUGAGUUAACAAAAAUACAACUACUAUACGAUUUUAUAUC